UCAGGUCUCAACAGAGAAAGCGGUAGAUAUACUUGCCUUCCUGUCCAAAAACGGAGCUAAGAUGCUGUUUCUCCUGACUUUGCUCAGUGUGGUGGCCUGGAUGAUGGCCACGGUUUCGUUCACCAUGUACAGUAUCUUCCGUUACUUGUACCUGCCCAGUGCCCAACAUAUCGAGUCGAUCCAUCUCAACUUCGAUGUGAUGAACGAUAGGCCGACCACACUGGUAAGGAUGUCUGAGCCCGGCUCUGCCUUCCUUCGCGCAGGCCAAGAGUACGACAUGAGCAUCUUCCUCGAGGUGCUCGAGUCUGAUGUAAACAAAGAUUUCGGGAUGUUUAUGAUCCAGGUGGAGCUGUAUAAUGACCGACUCGAAGGGGAGAAAGUGGUCCAGACGAUUACGUUUGAAUCGUCCAGACACUCGAUCCUGCGUUACCAGUCGCCGUUGCUGUAUGUCAUGUCGACGGUAGUCUUUAGUCCUUGGUUACUGGCUGGCGUCACAGAGCAGAAGCAGACACUGCACACUUUUCUGAUGGAGCAGCUCACGGACGAUGGGAACACGCCGACUAAUUCACUCAGAGUGAGCCUGUCGAAGCCUGUGCAGCUGUACUCGGCCCGUUUACAGUUUGACGCCCACUUCACGGGUCUGCGAGCCUUCAUGUAUUGGUACCCAAUACUCUCCGCAGUGGUAUUCAACACCGUCAUGUUCUUCUUCCUGUUCUCUGGUGCCGUGGUUUUCCUAGUUAUUGCCUACCUACAAUACAGCAACAGUCUCAACCAAGACCACGCGGAUUGGCGCGAGCAUGACUACGAGGACUCGAUGAUGCAAUCCGACCCCAUGUCUAGUAUGCAGGGAAUGGGGGGGAUUGAUACUAUAGAUACCACAGAAGCGCUGAGUAUGGAUAGCCGCAGUGACACCCUGGACAGUACAAGUACUGAGGGAUAUGGGCUCAGGCAGCGAGUGUAUGGGAAGACCAUGGACGAUUAGAUAGGAGAGGGGAGAAGGGUGGGUGUGGUUAGUGGACAGGAACGUUUGAGUAAUAAAGAUUAUUAGGAUUAGAUAGGGA